UACUCCUGCCCACGCCCGGUGACCUUUCCGGUCUGAAGUUGACCCCAUCCUGGACCGCACCCGGAGAGUGCGGAGGAGCCCUCAGAGCAGGAUCCAAACAAUCCAGCCCUCGCCUGGCCCCCAGCGGGGAUCCCCUGGCGCGCGCCAGCUGCGUACGCGGCGGGUGCCUUACACCUGCCAGUGUCUUCUUCACCCCCAGCUGUGAAGCCGAGACUCCUCCAAUCCGGGAAAGCACCCCACAGCUGCUGCAGUCGUGCAUCUCCCCGAAGCUGCGGGCCUAUGCGCCGCCGUGCUGAGUGGUCCGAGACCAGGGCAGCUGCCCUGAUCAGCUCUCCAACAGAAAGGCCAGGAUCCAGCCAUACCUCAAUGGACCCCAGGGGCAUCUUGAAGGCAUUUCCCAAGCGGAAGAAAAUUCAUACCAAUCCAUCGUCAACAGCACUUGCAAAGAUUCCCAAGAGGGAAGACAGAGAAGAAGCAAGAGAGUGGCUCAGCUCCGUGCGGGCGCAUGUUGUGCCCACUGGCAUUGGGCGAGCCCGGGCAGAACUCUUUGAGAAGCAGAUUGUCCAGCACGGUGGCCAGAUAUGCCCUGCCCAGGCCCCAGGGGUCACUCACAUUGUGGUGGAUGAAGGCAUGGACUGUGAGCGAGCCCUCCGCCUACUUAGACUGCCCCAGAUGCCACCAGGUGUUCAGCUGGUAAAGUCAGCCUGGCUGAGCUUGUGCCUGCAGGAGAGAAGGCUGGUGGACACGGCAGAAUUCAGCAUCUUCAUCCCCAAGAGGUACCUGGAUCAGGCACAGCUCAGCAAGGCAGACCAAGACUCUUCUACUCCUCCUGGAACCAGUGAGGCUCAACUCAGAACAGCCCUCUCUCCUCCCUCUCCUUCCACCAGACCUGUAUCUCCUUCCUGGAGGACAGAGAAGGUUGCGAGCAUUCAAGCCCAGCCCGGCUCUGAUGGUGAAACCAGUGAUGGGGAAGAGACCCAGGUCAGCGCAGCUGAUCUGGAAGCCCUGAUCAGCGGCUGCUGCCCCACCCUCCUUGAGGGAGAUGGUGAACCUGGCCCAGCCCCCGAGGGCCUGGAUAAGUGGGUCUGUGCACAGCCUUCAAGCCAGAAGGCAGCCAACCACAACCCCCACAUCACAGAGAAGCUGGAAGUGCUGGCCAAAGCCUACAGCGUUCAGGGAGACAAGUGGAGGGCCCUGGGCUAUGCCAAGGCCAUCAAUGCCCUCAAAAGCUUCCACAAGCCCGUCACCUCCUACCAGGAGGCCUUCAGUAUCCCGGGAAUUGGAAAGCGGAUGGCUGAGAAGAUCGUAGAGAUCCUGGAGAGUGGGCAUCUUCGGAAGCUGGACCACAUCAGCGAAAGCGUGCCUGUCUUAGAGCUCUUCUCCAACAUCUGGGGAGCUGGAACCAAGACUGCCCAGAUGUGGUACCAUCAGGGUUUCCGGAGCCUAGAAGACAUCCGAAGCCAGGCCUGUCUGACUACCCAGCAGGCCAUUGGCCUGAAACAUUACAAUGACUUCCUGGACCGCAUGCCCAGGGAGGAGGCUUCAGAGAUUGAGCAGACAGUCCGGGAAGCAGCUCAGGCCUUCAACCCCGGGCUACUGUGUGUGGCAUGUGGUUCGUACCGACGGGAGAAGGCAACCUGUGGUGACGUGGACGUGCUGCUCACCCACCCGGACAGCCGGUCUCACAGGGGCAUCUUCAGCCGCCUCUUGGACAGCCUCCGGCAGCAAGGGUUCCUGACGGAUGACUUGGUGAGCCAGGAGCAGAACGGCCAGCAGCAGAAGUACUUGGGCGUAUGCCAGCUCCCAGGGCCAGGGCGGCGGCACCGACGACUGGACAUCAUCGUAGUUCCCUACAGCGAGUUUGCCUGCGCCUUGCUCUACUUCACUGGCUCUGCCCACUUCAACCGCUCCAUGCGGGCUCUGGCCAAGACCAAGGGCAUGAGCUUGUCGGAGCACGCCCUCAGCACAGCUGUGGUCCGGGACGCCCGAGGCCUCAAGGUGGGGCCUGGCCGAGUGCUGCCGACCCCCACGGAGAAGGACAUCUUCAGGCUCUUAGGCCUGCCCUACCGAAAACCAGCUGAGCGUGACUGGUGACCCAUGACCCGGGGAGGGGGUGCCAAGCUGGACCGGCUGCCCCUCCUGGCCAUUCCUCCAGCCUCUGCUGGCUGAAUCUCACUGCGUCAACCACCAGCUCCUCUGGGCCUGACGGAAAAGGCCAGCCUGGCUCCGGGGCUACCCAGCCCUCUCCCCAACAGGAACAGGGCACUGCCCCUUCUGCCUCACCAUCGCCCCUGGGAGAAUUUUGCACGUGGCCCCCUGCCCCGUUUUAAGCAGGAACUGGUGCCUGGUUGGAGGCCAGCUUCCUGUGCUGAAGGCACAGGCACUCCCCCUGCUUUACCGCAAGGAGGGUCUAGCUGCUGGGGGUGGGAUGGGGGCUGCAGGGGAGAGGCACACAGCUGUGGCCCAGUGUCACCCAAGGCCCUUCAGGGCAGAAGGAUGAGCCAUCCCACGUGUGCUCCCUCUACCCACCCCGCUUCCCGUGCAGCUGACAGUGUGGGGAAGGGGCACCCCAGGCUUGACGAGGAUACCAUUUGAAGGCCCAGGGACCCAGUAAAGUGCAC